AAAGGGUCAAACAGAAUAUUAUUAUUAAUAUUUAGAAAAAGGAAAACACAGCAUCAUCUUUGCUUGUAGUCCAAUUCAAAAAUCAACGUAGAAGAUCCGGGAGAUUCUGGAUGAUAUCUGCCGGAUCUUGCCUUUCCAAACUGUCUCAUUUUCUUCCAUGUCUCUCCCCUUUUAAUACUCCCUUCUUCUUCCCUAUUUCUUCUUCAUGGGAAAUAUGGCCACCCAGACUCAGUUUCAUGUUCUUGCAGUUGAUGAUAGUCUCAUUGAUAGAAAACUUAUUGAAAGGCUUCUCAAGACUUCCUCUUAUCAAGUGACUGCAGUGGAUUCUGGAAGCAAGGCUUUGGAGUUUCUGGGAUUGAAUGGUGAGAAUGAAGAUGAAGAAAGGAAUUCGAGUGUCGAAUCAGUAUCUGCUGCAGAUGAGGAUCAUCAAGUGGGGGUGAAUUUGAUCAUCACGGAUUAUUGUAUGCCUGGAAUGACGGGGUAUGAUCUCCUGAGGAAAAUCAAACAAUCUUCAUCCUUUAAAGACAUACCGGUUGUCAUAAUGUCAUCUGAGAAUAUCCCAUCAAGAAUCAACAGAUGCUUGGAAGAUGGAGCAGAGGAGUUCUUUUUGAAACCUGUUAAGUUAUCAGAUGUAAACAAGCUUAGGCCUCAUCUCAUGAAAGGAAUUACAACCAAAACUGAAAUGCAAUCCAACACUAAUAAAAGAAAGGGUAGUGAAGAAAUUCAAUCCCCUGAUAGAACAAGACCAAGAUACAAUGAAUUGGAAGUUGUCUGAUGAUCUUCCGAACACUUUUUUUUAUAUUUUCUCAGGUUUAUUGGUUUUCUCUCUGUCUGGUUUUCUUUUUCUUUUUUUUUUCGAUCCAAAGUGGGGAUCGGGAUUCGGGUGUGGAGGCUGAGAUCCCAACUCUGUUGACUGAAUGAAACGAUUGUGCUUAGUUCUGGGGGGGGUUCUUCCUUUGCUUUAUACAGAAUCGGAGUAUAGGAUUUUGGUUUUCAUUUCAAAGAAGAGGGAAACCUACUUUUUUUUUCAUGUUACGUUUUAGAAUUAUAUGGAAUCUAAGACUCCAAGUGUAAAUUACCACAAGGAAAAAUAUAAACUCAAUUUUGUUGGUUCAUUAACAGAUUUGCUCCUCCUUCGAUUUCGGUGUCAGAUUCAUUACAUUCUUUCAUUAUUUCAAACCCUUUUUCGUCUGAUCUGCAGAACAACUAUUUUCUCAGGAAAAUUUCCUUGGAAAUUGAAUAUUCUGCUUGAAAUUUAGAGCUUAACAGAGAGAUCGAUAUUUGAUCCAAUGAUACGUUGAUGUCUACUCUCCAGGUUCAAAUCUACAACAAUUAACGAAAAUCUAUUUUAAUUUCUUUCUUCUUUCGUUCAGUUUCUCAGAAACCAAACACUAUCCCUAUUCUCUGUAAAAGGGAAAAAAAUUUAAACAAGAAGACUCAUAGGGAACUUUCUCAACAAAUAAGAAAUGGUAAAUUAGUAUUGAUCUAUAAUGAUAAAGCAAGGCAAAUUUGUUCAACUUCAAAACUGGAUUACAUCCCAUACAGGUUACGGAAAGGUACAAGGAACUAGGAUAUUGGAUAUUUAAUUCAUUUUGCUGAUUAGGUCGUUGAUUUCAUCUUCACGAUUUCCGGCAUCUCCCCCUUCUCUAUACGGCUGUUUCUUUCCUCGGAGUAAUCCAUCUUCUGGCUUGCUAA